AUGGCUACCGCACUGGGGGCUGUUCGAGGGGGACGAUGUCCCGUAGGAGCGAUUCCGGUUGAGAUCCUCUGCGACAUCUUCCUCCGUUCGGCUGCUAUCUCAGCCCGUGUGGCAAUACCUAACUGUGACUUCAGAGGAGGCUGUAGACUAUCUCUCAAUGUCGCUCAAGUUUGUCGCGAAUGGAGAAGCAUCGCUUUAUCGAUUCCAGAGCUAUGGGGUCUGAUCUACUUCAGCAGGCGUCAUGCGCAAACACAGGAUUUCUCUGAGCUUAUAGAGCUCCUUUCUAGAUCAAAUUUUUCCUCUAGCUUCUUAGUCUGUGAGACAUACUUCUCAACGUUGAUUGAGCGCUCCUUUGAGAAACUUGUUUCUCUAUGUAGUCAAGGCCGGCUUGAUUCCUUUCACGAUCGAUUCCUCGGGGUAGACAUUACCGUUUGGGAAGGAUAUGGGGAAGUAGCGUCCUGGCUGCAGCGCUUCAAGCGCCUUCAAAGGCUGAAGAUUAUCUGUGAGGAGGGCGAUUACUGGAUAGAAGAUAUGCCUUCUACUUUCCCCAAUCUUACCCAUCUCUAUAUCAAGUUCAAUCUCAGCACUGAAGCCGAGAGGCUCGUUAAAACAGGAUGGCGCGGCUUGCGUUCUCUUAUCGUUCAAAUGGACGGUGAUCUCUUCUAUUGGGACGCUCAGAAACUCUGUUCCAACUUUCCAGACCUGGAAGAGCUCCUUAUCCUCACCCCGGUCCUCAGGCUAUGCUCAACACCAACUCAUGACGUCAAUCUUACCACCCACUUCGCGCUGAAGUCUCUCGUGGUUAACUGUAUCAUCGUGAAGCCUGAAUCCACCGCUUUUGGAUACCUUGGGACGAUUACACUUCCUGCACUGAAGCAUCUGGUGAUAGACAUAUCCAACCUCACGCCGGCUGAUCUCCAACCCAUGGAAGACUUCGCCGAUCGCUCGCAAGUGCGGCUUAACACCUUAUCCCUAAUCACGUCAACGGCCACUAUACCAUCGGACUCGGACAUUGAUAAAGAGACUUCUCGAAGCAGAGUUCUUCGCGUCAUUCUCAACGCGUUUGGCGUAGAUCGUGCGGAAGUCACCUACGCAUUCUUCAAAACAAGGCUAUGGUUUGAUUGGAUGGCUAACUGGUACAGGCCAUAUGUGAGCCACGAUUUAGAUCGAGACACAGAGAGCUUCCGCCGAUAUAUCACACUCACCGGAAUAUUGUAG